AUGGCAGUCAUCUUCCCUCUGCUACAGCGGCAAUCUAGCGUGCUCUUGCUCACCAGAAAGCCGCAAGGGCCUGUACCGCUCCCGCUGCAGGUGGCACUGGAGCAGCAAGCUGCUGAUGCCGCAGCAGCAGCACUUUCUGCUGAGACGGCGAGCGCGCGUGCUGCAGCAGCGUGGCACUUGCUUCUGCAGCGGCAGACGGAACGGCAGCAGCAGCAACAGUGGACUUUGGCAAUGGACCUUGAAACUGCCACGGCGAUGCUGGAUAUAUAUGAGCGCGCGGCUGCAGCAGCAAGAGCCCCCGCAGCAGCAAGAAGUGCACUAGCUGUGGCAUCGGAAGACCUAGUGGCUUCUGCAGCCGAGCUUGCUGCAGCAGCACGGCAGAGACUUAGCUGUUGCAUUAUCUGCACGGACGAAGGCGAUGUUACUCUAAUGGCUGGCCAAACGCCACAAGACAGCAGCAGCAACGCCAGCAGCAGCACCACCGUUUCCACAGCUGUGGCAGAAGCUCUGCCUGCAGCACGGGUAGCUGCAACUAUUGAAGGGUGGCAGCAGCUGCUGCCUACUACCGCAGCAGUGCUGCAUGUGCUGACGAUAACAGAAGUUGGCGUCGUGGCCGUGCAGCGGCAGCAGGGCAACGCAGCGGAUGGAGCAGUGCCCCCAGCACCUCAAGAACGGGCAUCGGCAGCACCUGCAGAAGCGGCAACAGCGGAGCCGGCAGCGGCAGCAGCGGGUCAGGAAAUGGGAGUUGCUCUGGGCCAGCUGGUGCCAGGCGUUGCUGCAGCCACAGCAGAGAACGGCAUUCUGCUCUUCAGCAGCAGCAGCAAGAGCAGCAGCACCUACUUUGGGAGGCCUGUAGCAACAGCCGACGCAUUCGGAGGGCCGGGGGCCCUUGGCGCCCAAGGAGCCCCCGCUGGCUGGUUCUUUCGGUCUGCACUGUUGGGUCGCGUGGACGAAUUUGGAACGGUGCAUGUGACGGGCUGUACGUACAGCUUGGCGCAGCAACAACCGCUGCAACGGCCGCUGCAGCAGCGGCUGCAGCAGUGGCAGUGGGGCCUGCCCCGUAUGGAACGGCUCAUUGAAGGGUACGUACACAAGGUGCCCAUUUCCGGCAAAGAGUGGGGCAACUAUCACGCCAAGAAGAGACACUGGAAGCGCAUGUUCUAA